CUGCCAAUGAGGAGAGAUAUCAACCCCAUCCCGUCAAUAAUACAGCAGCACAUGCACUGCACAGGUGCAUGAUAGGGGAGUUGUGUUCAGCCUCAACAGGGGCUGUUGGGCUUCGACGCAGUAGCGACCUCCUCAAAUGCACCAAAUCUUCCGGGAAGUGGGGCUUAUAUGUACAUUCUGAUUGGCCAGUUGCAUCCAAGCACACGGUGCCCUGUCCUGUGCGCUGCCAGAGGGCAAGUGCAAGCGGCACGUCCCCCAGAAGACACGUUGAAACCAAUUGCAGAUCCACUCUUUUGACAUCAAUCACUGUGGACCAGACCACGGCGCAUCACAGACAAUUCAUAUCAAUCGCGAUAGCAACGACGACCUCAAUCGCCAGCUCCCUGUCCAAAGUCCAGGCUCAUCCUUGAUAACUCAAGAUGGCGGAACAACUCCUCGAGCAAGCCCGCGACAUCUUUGAAGGCCAGAUUGACUUCGAAGGCCAAAAGCUAGUAGAGAAUCUCGUCAACAUCUCGCUCUCGAUAGUAGGAGCAAUCGCCUUCCUUGUCGGCUACUUCCUCCAAGACAUCAAGCUCGCCGUCUACAUCGGUCUCGCCGGCACCGCCGCCACUUUUCUUCUUACCGUCCCUCCCUGGCCAAUCUACAACAAGAAUCCCGUCGAGUGGUUGCCGGUAGCGGGAGCCGCACCACCAACGAAUAUAGUUAUCGAUGAAAAGAUGCUGCGGUGAGGGAAUCGGACGAGGCUAUGUGUAUUUCUGAGAGCAGUUCAAUUUAUGGUUUUAGUGAAAUGCGGUUAGCAUUCGGGACAUUGUCUUUUGCAUUCUCCAGGGCUUGAUUUACAUGGGAGGGACAUCAGCGUCCGUUGGUGGCUUGGGCAGCAUAGAUGUGAGAACACUUCAUGGCCGGACUUUAAACACAGAUGUUGGUGUCUGUCUUUCUGCUAACUAGCACCAAAGUUCUGGAUGACCACCAAAUCGGUGUCUUGAUACUGGCACACACCAAGUGUGAUCGUGAACGUCGUUGAAUUCCUCUAAG